CACAGCACAUGGCCACGCACGCACACCACACGCAGCCACGUAUUUAUGCACACGCCCACACAAGCCACUGAUAUCGUAGGCGAGGGCAUGUCCGGUGUCCUUGUGAGUAAGAUUAGAUAACGCAGCCUGUGCAACAACAGCGCAUGCUGGCUGUGAGACUGCGGGGGGUGUGGAGAACCAUAUCCCCGGAGUGAUACCGCAUCUCAUGGAACCUUCCCCGUUGACACGGACGUCAGUGUGCGUCCGGGUGGUGGUGACUAAACACCCACCCUCUAACGUCGUCCAGAACGCGUCAGCGCGACACCACUGUCUAUAUAAGAUCAGCCGAGGCCCUACUCCCUCAUAACCAGCGGCCUGCAAGCUCGCAAGUUCCACGACUAAAGAAUGUUAAGUGUCUCACAACGGCACUCCAGGAUGAAGAUCAUCCUAGCGCUGCUGCUUUUUGUCUGUGUGACACGGUGCCACGGAGAUGAGAGUGACUACGCACGGCCCGUGUCUAAAUGUGGGCCGGCUUCUCCUGAUCCCAGAAGUGCAGUGCUGUGUAACUUCCUACUGAUCGCACCACGGUUCAUGACGAUGGGAACAACGCAGCAAGUCUGCAUGGACUUUGUGAGGGACAGCCGCAUACAUCUACCAGCCAUGAACAUCAACAUACUGCUGAAGCUUUCCACUAACAUCUCAGAAUCCGACGUCAUAGCAUCGACCCAGCUCCACAACCAACAUGUGAACGGGGCCAGCCUAUGCGCUGACCUGGAGUUGCCGGAUGGCGAGGACUACGUGUAUGAGCAAUCGGCCUACCUCAGUUUCACUGCUGAGGAAUCAACUUUCUUCCACAUCGCCGACCACAAGCCGGUGACCUUGCUGAGAGACAUCGUCAAGCCGUUCACGUUCAUUGAACCAGACAAACCCGUCUACAAGCCCGGACAGACAGUUAAAUUCCGUAUCCUGACACUUACUAAAGACCUGAGACCUGUCGCAGAGAGGCUCAAAGAUGGCUGUCGCAAAUUCGACGUGGACAUUUCCGAUUGGCCGUUGAGAAACCAUAACUACUCUCACGGGACCUGGCGUACAGUGACACUGUCACUGAGUGCCAACGUCACAGAGGAUGACACGGAUGUGACGCUAUCUGGUGAGACAGAGGUGAAAGUUAGCAAGAAUCAACUGUUCCUCAAGUUUCUCAGCAAAGACGAAUUCAAGCCGUUCUUGACUUAUAAUGCUGAGGUCAGUGCAACAUCUUUGAAUGGACAGCCAGCUGCUGGUGUCAGGAUCCGACUGACGGUCAUCUUCUCUGAAACAGAUCAGCUGGUUAAGACUGUGGUUACGGGCAGUGAUGGAGUAGCAAGGCUUCCUAUUGACCUUCAGCUAGUAAAGAAACAGCUCAGUCUGAAGGUGAUAAUCUUUAAUUGUUAA